UUCAAUGCAGUAUUAUCAUUGUGAUCACUAUCAUAGUUCAUCAUUUCAUUACUACUAUUAUGUGUGACUGUUUCAAUGCAAUAUUGUCAUUGUGAUCACUGUCAUAGUUCAUCAUUUCAUGACUGCUAUUAUGUGUGAUUGUCAUUGACAGCUUUGUCAUUGUGGUUGUUGAUGUUGUUUUGUCCUUAUGUCCUUGUUCGUCUUUGUGGUUGUCACGGACAUUUAUUUGCUGAUGUUGUCCUGCAUGUUUCUGUUGUUCAAUCACAAUUGUUGUUGUUGCUGCUGUUGUCCUUGUCUCUUGUCUCUCUUUUUUUUUUUUGUUGUCCCCCUCUCGUCCCACCCCCCCCCAUCACCAUAACGAACAAGAAGGGGCUCAGAGCUGAUCCCUGAUGCAGUCCCACCUCCACCUUGAACUCCUCUGUCACACCUACAGCACACCUCACCACUGUCUUCUAGUCCUCAUACAUGUCCUGCACCACCCUAACAUACUUCUCUGCCACUCCAGACUUUCUCAUACAAUACCACAGUUCUUCCAAGAAGAAGAAGACAUUUGUAGACGGUCCCUGCUCUCCUGUCUCUGCUGGCUUCUGGUAGAGAGCAAUGAUGCCCAGCAGCACCACGUCCAGUGUUACCAUCAACCCGGGCCCUGACCUGGCGGAGUCUCUGCGGUACACGUCUCCCUCGUCCACCACCCCGCGACCUCCGCACCUGGAGACAUACGAGGACGACACCAACGCCUCAGACUUCGCCUCCCUGCGGGCUUCGGUGGAUGCUCCCAUGAGGAUGAAGAUGGAAGAGGUGGCCGCCAAGCAGAGUCCAAGACCGAAAUCGCCGGACGGGCAAGCGGUGGCCAGACUUCCACGGGAACCGUUAGUGGAGAAGCUGCAGCGCUGGAAGCGUGAGUGUCAGCUGGAGAGCAUUGAUCUGGGAGAGUUUGAACUGGAGCAAGCGGCCGAGCUGUACCUCUCCUCCACCUUCUCCUUUGUCACCAAGGUUCUCCAGAUGGAUCAGCAGAACCGGAAGUUGCUCGGCGUGGCCGGGCCGGACCAGAGACGCUUCUCGUCCAUGCCCAUCAAGCCCCCGCCCACCACGGAGCAGCGCCGCAGCCCUGGAAGCCAUGGUGACGGUGGCCGUGUCGUUGUGAAGAAGAGCAAAGUGAGGUUUGAUGACGGCGAGGACUCCACAUCAACGGCAACGGCGCUGAAGGAGCAGCUGAGCUCCCCGCAGGAGGAGCAGAGGAAGAAGGAGAGCUGCUGGUCGUGCACGCACGCUCGCCUUCGCCAGCAGAUUGACUCUCUCAGCCAGGAGAACUUCGAGCUGAAGGGCGAAUUGUUCAUGUUGGAGAUGCUUCGUCUCAGAGCAGAGAGGGACACUACAGAAACCAGUAAGAUGCAGAGGGAAUGCAAACUGCUGGAGAAACACCCCGCUGCUGUGCGAGCCAUGCCUAACAAGAAAGAACGGUAGGAGAUACAGGCGCUGAAGGAGCAGCUGAGCUCCCCGCAGGAGGAGCAGAGGAAGAAGGAGAGCCGCUGGUCGUGCACGCACGCUCGCCUUCGCCAGCAGAUUUAAGCGUUCGCCGUUUGACGACCUCGCACCAGUUCCAAGUUCCAGUGUUCUGAUGAAUUUUCUCCGGCUACUCCGGAGUAAUCCGGUUUCCUCCCACAUUCCCAAAAACAUGCAGGAGAGGUUGAUUGGCGACCCUAAAUUGUCCACAGGUAUGAAUGUGAGUGUGAAUGGUUGUUUGUCUAGCGAUUGGCUGGCGACCAGUCCAGGGUGUAACCCGCCUGUCGCCCCAAGUCAUCUGGCAUAGGCUCCAGCAUGCUCCUGUGACCCUAAUGAGGAUGAAGUGGUAUAGAAAAUGGAUGGA